AUGAUUUACANNGGUAUCGGACGUGCAACAGCAGCAGCCUUUGCCCGUGAAGGAUGUGAACGUAUCGUCCUAGCCGACUUUUCAGGUCCAACCCUAGAUGGAGCUCGUAAAGAAAUCAUGGCCAAUUAUCCCGAUAUCGAAGUACUCCGCGUACCGACAAAUAUCAUAUCUCCUAAGGCAGUUGAGAAUCUUUUCAAUUCUUUGAUCCACAAAUUUGGUAGGAUAGAUUAUGCAGUCAAUUGCGCCGGUGUUCUCGGUGCGGCCAAANAGUCUCAUGAGAUGAGUGUCGAGGAGUUCGAUAAUGUUAUCGAUGUCGACUAUCGUGGAACUUGGCUGUGUUCGAGAGAAGCUCUGAAGUACAUGGUCCACCAAGAGCCUUUGUCUACUCAUGAUGGACGGCCUGGCACCCGAGGCGCCAUCGUCAAUGUUGCAAGCCAACUCGGCAUUGUCUCACGACCUCAGGCUCCCGCAUAUUGCUCCGCCAAAGCAGCUGUCAUUGGUCUUACCAAAUCUGACGCUCUCGACGUAUNNUAUUCACAACACAACAUUCGUGUCAAUUGCGUUUGUCCUGGUGUCAUCGAAACUCCCAUGAUCAACGACGAAGUCAGGAAAGCCGUUUCAAUCGCUCCCAUGAACAGAGCCGGUACACCAGAUGAAAUCGCGGACUGUAUCCUUUUCCUAUGCAGUCCGAAAGCCUCUNUUGUUCAAGGCGCUGCUUUGGUCGCUGAUGGAGGUUACACCAUCAACUGA